UAUUCUCUAAUCUCGACUCUUGUCUCUGUCUCUCUCUUUAUGUUCUGAGAGAGAGAGUCAUGGAGGCUGUUCUUCAGACCAAAGGGCUUCUCUCUCUCCCUACAAACCCCAGGAACAGGCUUUUGCAUCCAUCCCAGGGCUUAAAGCACAGAUUUUUAUCACUAAACCCCCAAACCCUUGGUGGGUCUUCUCUAACUGCCAAUGGAUUCCAAAAACUCCAUUGUUUUGCAUCAAAAGCUAAUGCCUUUGAUCACAAGAAUAAAAAUUUGUUCAUCUGCAGGGCUGAAGCUGCUGCUGCUGCUGAUGGACAACCAUUAUUUGAGGAAAUUGAGGUUGAGAAACCAAAGUUCUUGGGUAUUGAGGUUACCACCUUCAAGAAGAUUAUACCUUUGGGGAUGAUGUUCUUUUGCAUACUCUUUAACUAUACGAUUCUAAGAGACACAAAGGAUGUUCUGGUUGUAACAGCAAGAGGAAGCAGUGCAGAGAUUAUACCGUUUCUCAAAACAUGGGUGAACCUUCCCAUGGCUGUUGGGUUCAUGUUGUUGUACACAAAAUUGGCUAAUGUUUUGUCCAAGCAAGCUCUCUUCUACACUGUUAUUCUCCCCUUCAUUGCUUUCUUUGGUGCGUUCGGGUUUGUUUUAUACCCUCUCAGCAACUAUAUCCACCCUCAGGCAUUUACGGACAAGCUCCUCAACAUCCUUGGACCAAGGUUCCUCGGUCCACUUGCAAUUGUGAGAAUUUGGAGCUUCUGUUUGUUCUAUGUCAUGGCUGAAUUGUGGGGGAGUGUGGUCAUUUCCGUCCUGUUUUGGGGGUUUGCUAAUCAGAUAACUACUGUCGAGGAAGCAAAACGAUUCUACCCACUAUUUGGACUUGGGGCCAAUGUAGCCCUUGUGUUCUCUGGCCGGACGGUGAAAUACUUUUCUAAUCUGAGGAAGAAUUUAGGUCCUGGAGUUGAUGGUUGGGCCAUCUCUCUAAAAGGAAUGAUGAGCAUAGUUGUGCUUAUGGGGUUUGCAAUCUGUUUCCUGUACUGGUGGGUGAAUAAUUUUGUUCCUCUUCCUACACGUAGCAAGAAGAAGAAGGAGAAGCCCAAAAUGGGAACAAUGGAGAGCUUGAAGUUCUUGGUGUCUUCAAGGUACAUUAGAGAUCUUGCCACUUUAGUGGUUGCUUAUGGAAUUAGCAUUAAUCUUGUUGAGGUUACAUGGAAGUCUAAGCUCAAAGCUCAGUUUCCUAGCCCUAAUGAGUACUCUUCUUUUAUGGGCGACUUCUCGACCGCAACUGGAAUUGCAACAUUCACAAUGAUGCUUGUGAGCCAAUUUAUAUUUGACAAAUAUGGAUGGGGAGUUGCUGCAAAGAUCACACCAACGGUUCUGCUUUUGACAGGAGUUGGUUUCUUUUCUCUUAUAUUGUUUGGAGACCCACUUGCACCUGGUCUUGCAAAGUUUGGAAUAACUCCACUACUAGCAGCUGUAUACGUAGGUGCCAUGCAGAACAUAUUCAGUAAGAGUGCUAAGUACAGCUUAUUUGACCCCUGCAAAGAAAUGGCCUACAUUCCCUUGGAUGAGGACACCAAGGUUAAAGGAAAGGCAGCCAUUGAUGUUGUGUGCAACCCAUUAGGGAAGUCAGGAGGUGCCCUUAUUCAGCAAUUUAUGAUAUUAACUUUUGGUUCUCUAGCUAACUCAACACCAUACCUUGGAGGGGUGCUUCUGGUGAUUGUUCUUGCAUGGCUAGCAGCUGCCAAGUCCUUGGAUACCCAGUUUACUGCAUUGCGUCAGGAGGAAGAACUUGAGAAAGAGAUGGAAAGAGCAUCUGCUGUUAAGAUACCAUUGGUGGCUGAGAAUGAGGGUGGAAAUGGUUCUCUUGCAAGUGGUUCACCAUUAAAUCCAGCAGCAGGUGAUUCCUCAAGUAGUCCAUCAGAGGCCUCAACUCCUCGCAAAAAUAUUUAAAAAACAUGCUUCUUUCUGUCAAAUUCCCAUGCAGAAAGAAUGAGUAGAACUCUUGAGAGCAGUGUUAUUAGGUGAAACUAUUUGUUGUAGGUUACUACUAAGCUUAUAGAAUAAGUUUGCUAGCUACUUUUGUGGAGUCCCAAUAUAUUUUUUCUUUGGCCCCUAUAGAAAGGUUUGCUUCUUAUUACCAAGGUUUACUGUUUUGGUGAACACAUUUUUUGUUCUAUAUAGUAGAUAGAACUUGUUUGUAAUCUGUAUUUAUAGUAUAUCUCUUGAAUGGGUUGAUCAGGGCUUUGAGGGCUAAAUCUUAAAAUGGGCUUUGCUUUGAUUUUGAGCUCUAUGAGACCCUUGCAGACUUGAAGUCCAUGACUUCAAAUUUCAUUUUUGACUCCUACGGCUACCAGUUUCGGUUUACGGUUAAACCAUCAUGGGAUGGGCUGGGAUGGGAUGGGAUGGGCCUGGAUCAAACAAAAUAAUAAAUGCAGGGGACCAGUUUCACUCAGAGCUUCUCUUGUCCGCUUCAAAACUGACAAAUAAGGAUGCUCACGAGCUUGGGUUAGCCUGUAACGUUGUGAUGCACUGAUGCAAUACACAAUUUUUUCUUUUCCUACUUUAACAUAACUUUAGUAUUUUAUUUUUGGAUAUUUUAAGGAGGUUGAACUGGACUUGAGGGUGAAUGUAAAAUGGGAAUGUGUGACCAGUAAGGACAGUUUAGUUAAUUGACUUUUUACGUACUAGUUGAGUUUAAAUUUAUAAAGAUUUCCUAUUAUUAGCCUAUGAGUAAUUUUUUUAUUACUUGAUGUUAGUAGUUUAUACUUUGUAGUUUGGCUUGAUUUUAAAAUCAUAGCAAAGGUGAUGUUUGGGAUAGAAUCUCUACUACAUUUAU